CACCUUAUUUUCAAGUCUCCCUCCUUGUAUCAGUGCUUCCAUCCCUUAUCCACCCGCAUGGGCAUAGAGGGAGAACCAGAAGCCGAGGCAGUGCGCUCUUCCCUGCUGAACCCAGCUCCCCCAGGGCGGGGUGCGAAAUGACACACAAGUCCCCGUCCGGACUGGAGCUGGGAAGCUGUCUCAAGGUGAUAUGGAGAAGACGAUCCGAUUCAGCAAACCUGGCAUUUGCUCCCCGCCUCCCACAAGGGCCACCUUCACAGACCAGGAUGUCUUCCCCUCGCGGGAUCCGGGUUACAGCAGGGACAGCACUGCUGUUCCCGAGUAACAGAGAGGAGAGGGGACCCGUGACAGAGCAACCCGUGCAAACCACCGCCACGUCCUGGAGCCGAGUCUGUGACAGCCGCGGUGGCGGGCAUCAGCCCUUCCCUGCCCUUCGCCUGGCUGGGGUGCUCCCUCCCGAAGACACACAGGCUCCUCACCUCAUUUCCCUUUUCCAGACCCCUGAGCAGGCGACAGCCAGGGAAACGAAUGCCACCGCCAAAGGCACUGAACGGGAGGGAGGUGCAGAGGGAGCGGAGCGUGGAGUCCUGGGGUCCCGAGCGGGGUUGUCCUCUUCCUCCAACAGGGGAAGAGAAGAGCGGAGCGGCUCAAACAGCAGCCGAAAGCGGCCAGGGCGAGGCCGUCACUGCGACAGCGCACAGCUACGCUCUCUUAAACGCUCGUUUUGUGCCAGUACUAGAAUGAGAAACUGCGUUGCAUUUUUUAAAUUUGAAAAAUACAGAAAAACAUCAAAAAAAGUAAAACUGUCCCUUAAGUCCGCCACCAAGCGAUCACAUAAAUCCGCCAGCAGAGUCUCUCUCUGCGCCUGGGGUGCGGGGUGGAGUGGUUCGGAGGGACCCGGGAGCGGUGUGAGUUCGCCCUCCCACCCCACCUGUCCGGGACGCGUCCUGGCUAUCCAGGAACCACCAGGUCUGCAACUCCCCUCUGGGUUAUUGGUUACGGAUAUUUAACUUCGUAUGACAGUCGCAUAACUUUUCUCGCAUUCGCUCCUUGGUGAUCUCCUUGGGGUUGUCAUCAUCUUACUCUCAAGGGCUGAUAACCCGUCUUUAGGGUGUGCAAGCCUUCCUGGGGCGUGUGCUUUUAGGACAGUCUGUGUCAGAAUUCACCCACAUUUUUAUCUUUGUAAAUAUUGCAAAACUGACGGCCCCCAAAGGGUAGUGCCCGCUAUUUCUCCAACUCCAUGUCUCUUUGCCCAUGCUGUUAUUAGAUAUUAUCAAUUUUUUUGGCUGGAUCCAAUUUAUGA